CUAUCACUACAAAAUUUUUAUUUGUUUGUGGAAGUUUUUUAGUGAGAGUUAUUAGAACCUCCACAAUCUAUUUUAUUUGUAACCAUUUUAAAUAAUUAACAAAAACUCUCACUGUUUGUUUUCAACCCAAUUAAUUAUAAAAAACCCAACCCAAACAAAUAUUUACCAAGCCCAUACCAAAAAUAAAAAAAUUGAAGUUAUUCGAGAGAGAGAGAACGAGGGAGAUCAGAGUCUGAAACCCUAAAAUCUGGAUUCCAUCACCACCGCCAUUCAUCUCCUUGCCGCCGUUGCCGCCAAGUCUCCUCCGUCAACGCGUCACCUGCUGGAGUUAUGAAUGGAAGACGAGGUGAUCGUGGAGCCUCUCAAUUCAUGGAGCUCUCGCCUCUCGAGAUAGUAUUUUAGGGAUGAUUCCAUUCAAAUCGUUGAGCACUCAGAGUGCGAUUUCUUUGCAGACUCAGUGGCACUGGCUGAGGAGAUCUGGAAGGUGAGCAAGAUGGAGUCUCUGGAAGCUUCGAUUGAAAGUGCAUUUGAAGCUAUCAGAUCUCAUGGAACUAAUUCUCAUAUCAUUCCAAGUCAUUACGGUUGGAGAAUUUAAGCGCCUGCUUAGUGUUAAACCAACUCUUAAGAAGGAACUGAUAAGUGCACCCAUUGUGACUCAUCCAAAAUCAUUGAAAUUGCCAAAGGAGUUUGAUGCAAGGACUCAAUGGUCUCAGUGUAGUACCAUUGGAAGAAUUCUAGAUCAGGGUCAUUGUGAUUCUUGUUGGGCAUUUGGUGCUGUAGAGUCAUUAUCAGAUCGAUUUUGCAUUCAUUUUGAUGUGGUAAGUAAUCUUAUUACUGAGCAAUAUAUUACUGUGUGUGAAUAUCAAUAAAUACAUAUCUUA